CUGCGGUGUCGGGUUGUUGCAUGUCUCGGGAGCAGGCGGGCUGUAAGCGCCGUUCAUCCUUCAGCGUGUGCUUCGCAAUCUGCCUUGUCGGCCAGGCCUGGGGGCUUGUGGGUGAGAGGGUAAACAUAAUCCCAUGCAUCUUCUUCAGCGGCGGCCCGGCGGCGGCGCGUGUCCACGUCCUGGUCUGGUCCGGUCUGGUUAUCCAGCCAGUCAGGCCCGUGCUACAACGCAACUCCGGUUCUCGUCAUGUCCGAUCACCGGCCGUGCCACCCCUCGGUCGCUAUUUUCCCGACUCGCUCGUCGGCGGCCUCGCCGUCUCCUCCUGGUCUUUGCUUCACUGGGGCGACGCUCGGGAACAACGGGGAAUACCGACGGCCAAGUACGGAGGCGUCAGGCAAAAGUUCUCGCCGUGGGGCAUGUAGCGACCAGAGGCAGGGCGUGUUUAGCUGCUACCAAAUAAGGAUCACAGGUCUAGUGCUG